AUGGACCAAUGCAGAUCCAAAUCAUACGGCGGCGGCGGGGGGAAGAUGCAGAUACAGAUAGAGCCUUACUAUGGACCUACCGGCGACUUCUGCAGGUCUUACAGCAGCGUUUCCUCCACCAACUACUACUACUACGAGGAGGCGGCGCCGCCGAAGCUUAGGAAGGGGAGGAGGCAAUUGAGGGGCGGCGACACGGGCGUGUUGGGGUGGAGGAGCGUGAAUGAUCCAGAGUUCCAGAGGAAGAGAAGAGUGGCGAGCUACAAAGCCUACUCCGUCCAAGGGAAACUCAAGGGCUCCUUCCGCCGGAGUUUCCGCUGGCUUAAGGAUCGCUACACGCAAGUCGUUUAUGGAUGCUGGUGA